ACGUAUUCACCUCGGUGACGUAAUUCUUUGGCGACAGAAGAUCGCCUUCCGUAGUCUUUUUACUUGUUUACGUGAGCCUGUGCUAAGCAGAGUUUUGUGAGGAUGACAGACCACAAAGCAGAAAAUGUCAGCUCUAUCCCCAUCGAUGGGUUCAGCAAUUUAAGAAUUACAUCGAUAUGGACGUUUCUCUUGUCUGUGCAAUGGUCGGAGCCUUGGCUAAUCGGGCUGUUAGUGUUUCACGUUGUGUGUUUGUUUCUGACCGUGGUGACGUGCAGGUAUUACAAAGCUCAGAUUUGUCACUUCCUGCUCAUGGUUGGCCUGGUGUAUAGUGCUGAAUAUCUGAAUGAGCUGGCAGCAAUGAACUGGAGAUCAUUUUCUAAUUUCCAGUACUUUGAUUCCACGGGCAUGUUUAUAUCUUUGGUCUACUCUAUUCCUCUUCUUCUGAAUACAGUCAUCAUUGUGAUGGUGUGGGUGCACAGGACCUUUUCCACUAUGACUGAGCUAAAGACACUCCAGCUCAAGCGAAAGGUCCGCCGAGAGAAGAGAGAAAAGAAUGACUGAUCCCUCUUAUUAUGUCCAAAAAUGGGCUUCAUUGGGAGGAAAAAGAAUCCGUGUCUCUACAAUGCUAAUCCUGACUUUUGGCAGAUUCCUUCUUGUGACCGUACAAAAGAUUGUUUGUUGAUGUCAGUCAGGACCGGGUGUCUGGUUUUUGGUAGCGGCUUUUGAAAAAUGCCACUGAAUGUACUGUAAACUAAAAGCUAAAUGAGGACCAAAGGACAUUUACUGUUUUGUAUUUAACGUUGUUUUAAAGUGUGUUAAAACCGCACAAUGAAAAAAAGCAGCGCUGUAGAUUUAAGACUGCAGAAGGGCGUCAAUGGAUCACAGAGAAGAAAAGAAAUAAUCAUUUGUCAAGAACCUUUGUACUAUAUGGUGUUAUGAUGUUGUCAUUGGCAUAAAUCAAUGACUGAUCAUUAUCAAUCCAUUGAUUUAGGAGUAGGAAAGUAAAUUUUGACAA